UCCGCUUCCGCUUCUUCCACUGCCGGCAUCCCUCUAGCCAAUCGCCAGGAAGGUGCUGGUGCAAGGGUGGCCACGUGCAUCCCCUAUCCCCCAAUCCGUGCCGGCGCUGCGAGGCUUCCGUCUGAGGUAAUGAAAGCAGAGAGGCGGGCAUAGCGACGGCAUGCCGUUCGAACAACGCGGGUAUCGAUUGGUGCCGGCUCCUCCAAUCGGCGACCCCCUUUCAGCCGGCGGCGAGGAGAAGGGGGCUGCGUGUUUCCGGAAGACGUGGCCGUUGCCGGCUCUGUGCUCCGCUCCCGUGUCCCGCUCCUAGUCCUGCCGCCACUAUGAUUUCCCUCUCCGACACCCAGAAGAUUGGAAUGGGACUAACAGGCUUUGGAGUGUUUUUCCUUUUCUUUGGAAUGAUACUCUUCUUUGACAAAGCUCUUUUGGCUAUUGGAAAUGUUUUGUUUGUGGCUGGCUUAUCUUUUGUUAUUGGUUUAGAAAGAACAUUUAGAUUCUUCUUUCAAAAGCACAAGAUGAAAGCAACAGGUUUUUUCCUUGGCGGUGUGCUCAUAGUUCUCAUUGGUUGGCCUUUAAUAGGAAUGAUCCUUGAAAUUUAUGGGUUCUUCCUGUUAUUCAGGGGGUUCUUUCCUGUGGUGGUUGGCUUUAUUAGAAGAGUUCCAGUUCUUGGCUAUCUCUUGAAUUUACCUGGUAUAAGCUCGCCUACGUAGGCUCAGAAGAGAACCCACAGUAAUGGUCAGUUGAAAUAUCUUACUUGGUCUACUAAUGCAUGUGUGGCUGAUACUGUAUUGUUUUGUUUUAAUCAUUAAGCUAGCAGUGUUAUCUGCAUUCUUCUAUUUCCUUUUUCAUCCUGUUGCAUCUUCAUGUUGCACUGUUAAUGUCUAUAUGAGAAAAACAUGUCAUGCAGAAACACAAUUGCAAUGUAAGAUUUUUAA